AUUAUAAAAUCCCUACAGCAGAAACAAUGUUAACUGUCAGCAUUUCUGCUGCUUAGAUUUGUCUUCCUUCCCUCCUAAAGGUAAAUUUUUUAUUCUUGCAUCUACUGGAGCCACGGAUUAAAUGUAGAUUUAUUCAGAGGGAGUUUGCCAUUACCUUCCUAAGAGGCCAAGAAUGAUAUCACACGACUGAAAUUGGAAGUAUAAUCCAGUGUCAUCCUGAACGCAAUCAUGCAUAUUCACGUUAUUGCAUGAAAGGUUACCACAUGUGAUCGCUGGCACUCCGAAUGCACUCUGAACGCAAUCACACGUCAAUCCACAGAACCUUUCUCCAGAUGGCCAGUCAGUUUGAAUUACGGAUGCCCCAAAUGAGUGUUAAUCAUGCCACUGGAAUGGAAAGGUCAAGCAAUCAAGAAUCUUCUCAGUUGACAGAAAAUGUUACUACUGCCCGUGAUCUGGGAGAAGGCAACUCAAAACAGGGCAGUCAAACUCUUACCAUUUCUCCAUUAUUCAGAAAUCAUGACACAGAGCACAGAUACUCUUCUCACCCAGGAAGUCCUCAAUGCUCAAAUACUCCUGAAGAAGCUCAAGGCAUUUUCUUCCAAGCAGGGAGUAAAAGAAAUCAAGACUAUUAUAUGACCCAGGAGCAAUUUGGUAACAGCGUGAACAACAGUCCACACAUCCAAGCACCAGAGAAAGUGACUCUUGUUGUAGAUGGCACUAGAUUUGUUGUAAAUCCCCAGGUUUUUACAGCUCAUCCUGAGACAAUGUUGGGAAGAAUGUUUGGACCAGGACGAGAAUAUAACUUCACUCGGCCAAAUGAGAAGGGGGAAUACGAAAUUGCAGACGGAAUCAGCUCCACUGUCUUCCGGACUGUGCUGGAUUAUUACAAAACUGGAGUCAUUAACUGCCCUGAUGGAAUUUCUAUUCCUGAUCUCAGAGAUACGUGUGACUAUCUUUGCAUCAACUUUGACUUCAAUACAAUCAAGUGUCAAGAUUUAAGUGCGUUAUUGCAUGAAUUGUCUAAUGAUGGAGCUCACAAACAGUUUGACAGCUAUCUAGAAGAGUUAAUUCUACCUAUAAUGGUGGGUAGUGCCAAAAAAGGAGAACGUGAAUGUCACAUUGUGGUGUUAACUGAAGAAGACAUAGUGGACUGGGAUGAAGACUACCCGCCUCCAAUGGGAGAAGAAUACUCACAAAUUCUAUAUAGCAAUAAGCUCUACAGAUUUUUCAAGUACAUUGAGAAUCGGGAUGUGGCAAAAGCUGUGCUGAAAGAACGUGGCCUGAAAAACAUUCGAAUUGGCAUUGAAGGCUAUCCCACCUGUAAAGAGAAAGUGAAGAGACGGUCUGGAGGGCGCUCAGAAGUCAUCUACAACUAUGUGCAACGCCCAUUCAUCCAGAUGUCUUGGGAAAAAGAGGAGGGGAAGAGUCGCCAUGUUGAUUUCCAGUGUGUUAGAAGCAAAUCCCUAACAAACCUUGUGGUGGUGGGUGAAGAUGCACCAGAAGAUCAGCAGAUUGUGCUUCAUCACCCUCCCCAGGUAGAUGAACUUGACAGAUUAAAUGCCCCGUUUUCUCAAAUGGAUGCUAAUGUUCUACCAGAUUAAUACUUUAGUGAAAUGCAAAGGUGUCCCAGGCCAAUUUGGUUAAUGCACUGGGUCAGGAGUAAAUACCCAGGGCAUCCUACCACUAGUCAUCUUCUAAUUGGCUCUCCUACCAGCUAUUUAACUCUUGGGUGGCUGUGCUCUCUAAAGACAGAUUCUUCAAGCCGUGUGGACUAGUAUUAUUUCAUCAGCUUUUGAGCACUCCCACACAUUUCUCCAAAGAGGAACUGCACCUGUGUUACAGUUUAGGCCUCCUCCGUGACAACAUGAGCAACUCAGCUAUAAUGUGGUAUGUUUGCUGUCAGCAGGAACAAAAGAUAACAGAUUGGAUCCAGAUUGUUAUUCCAUGAAUUGAAAGAUUCUUUCUGGAAGCUGUGUUCACUGAUUCCUCUUUGUCCCUGCAGCCCUGCAUACCCUUGCAAAGGAAAUCCUCCAGUUUUUCAGCAGGUAAUAAUUGCUAGAAAGAGUCCCAAGGAUGCUUACCCCAAGAUCUUCUAGGGCAGGGGUGGCAGAGUUUGUUGGUCUCAGGAUCUAGAUUGCACUCUUGGUCCAAGCCUUGUGGAAGUUGUGGCUUCUCACAAGCCCUACCACUUUCUGAUUUAGGCUUGUGGGGAAUCCACAACUACCACAAGGCUUAGACUCAGAAUUCAAUCCAGAUCCUAGGACCAACCAACUCUGCCACCACUUUCUGACAUUAUUUCCCCCUCAGUAGACAGAAAGAAAUAGAGAAUGGGAGAAUGGGCAUUCUUGGGACUUUUUGCAAGUUUAGGCCCAUGGACUGGAGCUUCCCCUCUCUCUUGAAGGCCAUGUGGAACUCCAUUGAUCUUUAUUCCUGAUCCAACCCUGUGGUUCUUUUCAGCGAGGUUGUAUGCAAUCACACUGUAUUGGUGAAAACAGUCCAGAUGUUCCUCCUCCCCCCAACUUCACUCCUUCAGCACCUCAUAAACCAGCUCUAUAAACUUCUUAAUCUCAGGGAGAUGCUGAAAAGACAUUGAAAAUGCAGAUACAGUAGUACACAAUCUAAAUUACACACAUAAGAUUUUGAGCUCAACACAUUGGGAUCUUCUCCUGCAUAAUCUUCCAGGGAACAUGCAAAGCUGUCUCUUUAGGAUGAAGAAAGUAGCUCUCAAAAACCUAAUUCACCACCAAAAAUGCUGCAUUUUCAACUCAGGGCAAAGUUAUUUGUGUCCAUGUAUGCCUGUAGUAUAUAUAUGAAAUAUUUUAUUUCCACUGGCUAGUAAAUUUGGGCAGAAAGUGUUAGUGAAAUCCACAAAGUAGUCUUGAUACAGAGGUGUACAAAAAACAUCUGCAUUGAAAUGUUGCAUCUGUAGUUUGCCCUUUCUUCCUAAAGUCCUGUAGUUAAGUGAUACUAUCCUAAGGCUGCAGUACCUGCUGAAUGCUAUAGGCUUUGUAGACCAAGAGACCAGUGAUUUCUUCUCUUGCUAAGGAACUGAGUACUUGAUCCUCCAAGCGUCAAACUACUAUGAAGAUUAGUGAUGCCAAUACAUUACUUAAGAAUUGUUUUUUCACCUGUAUAGCCUUAGCACUACUUCUGUCUGCUGUUACACAGUUCACAUGAAGCUGAACUUGCUUAAAGGGUGUUACAUUAUCAAAGGGAACAAUUAACUCCUGUGCUGCUUCCUCCCUCUGGUAAGGCAGUACUGAAGAUCUGAAUUGUGUCAGCAAGGUCAUUAUGGCAUGGUUCAUAGUUUUAUUUUGAAAGCAUGUAGGGAAAUACCCCCUAUAAAAAUAUUAUUGGGGGAAAGCUGGGCACGUUUUGGUCCUAUAUUAACUUACCAUGUACAAGAUGUUUGUUUAUUUGUUUUUAAUGGGCAAGCACAGUAGCUUUGCUGAAUGUUUGUGUUGGCUGUUCUAUAGUGUCUCUUUGGAAAUCACACUAUCAGUUUGGGCUAGUUAAUGCCAACCUGCUGCUUAAUUGCAAGCAGCUCUAAAUGUUGAUGAUGCAGCUACAUUCUCUGCAGAGCAAUGAGAUGAAUGUCUAGUGUUGGUUUGAAGAAUGUGUUGAGAAAUUUGCAACCAUCCCUACUUGAAAUUAACUACAAAAAUACUUUUUUUGGGGGGGAGGGGGAAUGCCUGCAAGCACAUCUAUUUUGCAGACUCAAAAGAACAUCUACUUUAUUCUGCCACAUACUGGAAAUAGUUUUGCAGAGUCAGAAAAAAGCAAUUUUACAUUUUCUGGGAAUGAAUUGCCCUAGAUCACUGUUACUUUCAUUGAGCUCCAUGGCCCAUUUCAAUUAAUCUUUUCACUUUUGUUUUUAAGGAAGAUCAACAGACCUUGGUAUUGUCACAUUGCUAACUUAAAAUAAACAGAUUUACAAUGCAGUUCUAUAUAUUUACUUAAGAAGCCCACUGUGUUCAGCUGGCUUUCUCUUGGGAACAUAUGCACAGCAUUGCAACUUUUCAACUAUUCAAAGUUUAUAGUAAGAGCCAUGCAUAGUGGGCCCUUGGUACCUGCUUGGUUAUAGGACACACAUACAGAGUGGAUACCAAAAUCUGUGGAUGCUCAAGACCCAUUAAAUAUAAUGGCAUAGUAAAAUGGUACCCCUUAUAUAAAACGGCACAACAUAUAUACGUAAAAUGUAUAAAAUAGCAAGGUUUGUUUUUUGGAAUUUGUAUGUAUUUUAAAAAUAUUUUCAAAUAGUGGAUGGUUGAAUCUGUAUAUAUAGAGGUCUAACUCUAUUUAGCAAUAUUCAAAUCAAACUGAUUUUAAUCAUCUAGUGUUUCUUUCACAAAGUGCCUACAGAACGUUUUUUGAAGAAGAACAAACAACAAAGAAAAAAAGCCACCCCAGAACUCAACAAACUGAGGUGGUUUUCACUCCCUUUGGUCUUUUAACAAAAGACAUCUACAUCCAGUAGGAUGACUUGCACACUUACAGGCACUCAGCAUUUAAAGAAGGAAACAAAAUUAUUGUGUAUGAACCCUUUCAGUGUUAAAUUAAGUACAAUAUCCUGAAUUGGCAAAGUAUGCCACUCUCAGGUUUGGCACAAUUGUUCUCAAAACACAAUGCAAACAUUUACUUCAAAGCUAAUCACCAACAGAAAAUUAAGCCAGUUUUUAAACUGGUUUGACAUGUUUCUCCAUAGUAAAAAUAGUUCUGGGAACUUCAUUAACAUCUUUAACUUGAACUUAGGAGAAGCAAUGAAUGUUCAGUGUAGAUUUGAAAAGAUUUUACUCAGCAAUGCAUUCAGAGACAUAUUUCUAAACAGAUAUUAGGAAUCCCAGACAGCGUUAUUAUCCUAACCAGGUUUACUGCAUGUUCAAAAACAUACACUUGCCCUUCACAUUGUAUAUGUGUUGCAGCAGACAGUAGUAUUGGCACAACAAACAUAAUGGUCUGGAUUUUCCUACUGAAAUCAAUUUCAGUGGAUCCUCUAAGUCUGGAUCCAAUCCAAAAUUUGAUAAAACGUGAAGCAGUUCUUAAAACAGGAUUCAAAGAAUAAAGGUUUUCAUAUAAGUAGUUGAACUUUAAACAUGAAGUAAUCCAAAGAAUGAGUAACUAUGCCACAGAAAAGCAAAUCUGACAUUAUUUGAUACAGUUAAGAUGACUGGCAGGUUGAAGACACCUUUGUAAGAUUAUACUUUCCUUAAUAGUUAUGAGCUAAAUCUUUAGGGGGGGAAAACAGUGCAUACAGGUCUAAAGUUACAUACAUGUUGUUGUUUUUUUAACUAAAAAACAAUAUAAUUCUUAGAUAAUGCUAAAGAGCCCCCCCCCCCCAAACUUAGGUCCAAACCACACUGCAGAAGUCCAGUUUGAGACUGUUUUAACUGC